GUGUGAACAGGGCAGGUUCGACAGGCUAUUCGUUUACCCGGAGGAUCCACACCUUAGUUCAGCAGCUCACGUCGAGUCGGACCCAGCUCCUCCAGCGUCAGGGUGCUUCUGGACUACAGGCCAAGCGGAGGCGGCGCCCCCAGUCAUGAAGUAAAACCUGUUGCACGUGGAGACAGGAGGGAGGAUCCAGCUCCAUGGAGUCCAAUCUGUCGUGUUUGUCUUCGCUGAAAGGCGAAACCGAGCAGAUUUAUAUCCAGCCGCACUAUAAAGAGUCGUACCGCCUGGCGAUCUAUGCCCUGCUGUGUGGAGGCAGGGAGGCCUACGACGCCUUCCUCCGCGCAGAGAGCAUCAGCCACUUCCUGUCAGAGGAGGAGGUCGCCUUCAUCUUGGAGAACGCUCGGUCACCAGAUGUGGAGGAUGAGUCAGAGCAGAGACGAGCUGCCGGCUGCGACGCCCCCCCCUCCACCUACCUCCCCAUGGAGUCGGACGAGGAGGUGCCGGGCCUGGAGCUGGGCUGGCCGGGGGUCAGCGGCAGCCACACGGACACCAGCAUCAGCCUGCUGUUCCACCCCCCCAGACCCAACACCCCCACCAUCAAAGAGGUGGUCCGCAAACACAUCCAGCACGCCGAGCAGCUAAUUGCUGUAACGAUGGACGUCUUCACGGACGUGGACAUCUUCAAGGAGGUGGUCAGUGCGACGCUCAGAGGUGUGGUGGUCUACAUCCUCCUGGAUUAUUCCCACUUCAGGAGCUUCUACAACAUGUCCCAGAGGGUGGGAGUGAACAUCCAGGACCUCAAGAACAUGCGUGUCCGGACCGUUGAGGGUCUGCAGUAUCAGUGUCAGUCUGGGCUGAAGUUCCAUGGAGGGUUGGAACAGAAGUUUCUGCUGGUGGACUGCAGCACCGUCUUGUAUGGGUCGUACAGCUAUACGUGGGCGUACGAGAAGCUCAACGUGAGCAUGGUCUUGGUGGUCACCGGUCAGCUGCUUUGGUCCUAUGACGAGGAGUUUCGGAGGCUGUACGCACGCUCCACGGAGCCUGCGGUUCUGUCCAGGGAGCGGCCGUCUGUCCAGCACAGAAACGCCGUGGGGAUGCAGAGGACCAGCUCCAGUCGUCUCUCUCUUCAUCAGUUUCAUACGCAGCCAAGCGCGAUGCACGGCAUGAGAACAGCUCAGGAUAACGCUGCCACCAUGAGCAGAGGGCUGAGCGUGCAGGAAAAGCUGCAUCAGUCCCACAGUCCUGACAUGGGGAGUCUGCUCAGGGGCUACAGUUAUGGUGCAGACCUGCAGAACACAAACUCCAUGACCCGGCUGAAGAUGGGGACCAAGGACAUUGGACGGAGUGUAUCUAAGAUGAGAGGUGAUGGGGAUCUGCUAGCAACCAAGAGACUCCCGCAACAAAUCCGGCAUUUAAAACGAUACGGCGCAGAUCAAAACAUGAUACCAUUUAACUCUGAAAUGUCACUGCACAGGUGGAAGAUUGACUCCUACCUUAAUGGAAGCGAUAUGCCUGUGGACGCAUCAUACGACAGAAUAUCCCCUAUGACAUCACCACAUAACAGUCACACAGGCCUCAACGAGUAUCCGUCACAGGUGAUUCACAGCAGGUCCAGGGAAAUUAAAUCCAGGAUGGAAGAAAGGCGGCAGAAGAGGCUCAGUCUGCAGGAGUUUGUCCAUCUCAGAAGGAGCCAAGAGUCCCUGAGGUCCAUGUAUUCCACGGUGGAGAGACCUGUUCACAUGUCGUCACUGAGAAGUCUGGACAUGAGGCAGGGUGUGGCAGAGUUCGAGCCAAAUGCACACAGUCAUUUGAACAAUGACGCAGCCACUCAUCAAGGGCCACGUAGGGAAAGCAACAGGCGAGAGCCAGCUGCCACUCAUGGCCACAACCCGGCCUUUCAGUACGAUGCCAACGUGGCUCAGGAUCGAAAUGCACGGGAGAUGUGUGCCUGGCAUGACCCCCCCCCUGAUUUAGAUACCGGACUGGAUGAUCCGUCACUCCAGUCUUCAUAUUUGCAGUCCAGCAGUCUCAGCCUCCAGCACCCAAGAACAAUGGAGUCUUUGACUGAGGUCCCUGAAGAGAAGGAGAGUUCCAAUUCUCACGCCAAGAGUUUGGACUCAUCUGCCGACAAUGUCAAAAGCGAGAAAAUUCACCAACAUUACCAACCUGUUCUACACCCGUGUCACAAGGAGCAGACUAAAGGUCCUUCAGUGGACGGGACCAAAAGCUCAGGCUCAGCAGCUCCAAGAGAACGAAAGAAAUCAGCAUCUAGUGACACUUCUCAGCCUGCAGUACAAACCAAGAGCAGUCACCCAGAAACGCAACAAGAGGAGCCGAAAAUACAGAGAAAGAAUUCCAUGAAAAAGAAAGUACAGUCAAUGUUUUCAUCAGACGAGAAGAAAGCGUCCAAAAAAGAGGAGCGCUCCCUUCAAAGAAAGGCCUCGAUCAAAUCACAGAGUCCCUCUGGGUCAAACCAGAACCAGGACUCCGUGAAUGGGCUGCACAACCACUCCACAGAGGCAGAGAAGCAGAAGUCCACGUUCUCAAGACUGGGUUCUUAUCGUUCAAGCAAGAAGAAGGCAACCCUUGCAGCAGAGCAGGAGCACAGCUCCAGGAGCAGCCCGGACGGCGGCCUCAUGGUCUCUCAGGCCGCCAUCGACAAGGCCUACAGCCGAUACGAGUUCCUGCUGGGCAGCGACAGAAGCUCCUCCCUGAAAAGGAGCGACUCUGGCUAUCAGAAUCAGAGUGGUACCGACAAGAAACUGGGCCGAUUCAUGCAGCGAAUGGGAAAUCUGAUGAGCAAGAAUAAGCAGAGCUGAAGGAGGAGGAGAAAAUCAGCCGACGGGAGCCUUUAUAGCUCAUCGAGCUCUAAACACUGAGCUCAGGGUGUGAAAGUGCGUCUCUUUCUAUUCAGCUCAUGAGACAAAUACGCAUCAGAGCUUGGGAGCUUCAGUAUUAGGAAGAAUAACUGUCACUUGAGGUUUUGGUGCUUUUUUGUGCUGGACAUUAAAACGUAUCUUUCCUGCAUUAUAUUUAUUCUACCUCUGUCUUCUUCUAAAAAGGCAUUUACUGAUUGUCUGACAUCAGGGUCAAAACUGUCACUGAAACGUGGGAGACAGGAACUCUGGUCACCAGAGGGGGCGCUGUUGUCCCACUUUCCAUCAGUUGAUGACAUGAUGAGAAUAAGUAGACAAUUACUUUUGGUUUAAAAUUGCUGAUCCUGGAAGAUUAAACAUUUAUUUUUUUAAGCCCUGUGAAACCGUUUACCUCAUGUGUGUUGGUGUUUUAGCAGCUUUAAAUCACAAACACAGCUCAGUUGUAGAGGCUAAACUAUGAGCAUGGAUCCUCUCCACCCACUGCAGCUGGUCCUGAGCAGCAGCUGGAAGUUUUCCUGUUGUUUGCCAUUUCCACCGCUUCACCUUCGCUAAAUGUUUAUGAUCAUGUGGAAGUGUCUUUUCCAGCUGUACGCGUUUCUUUAUCAGGCUGCGUUAAUCAGCUUCCUGCCACAACAGCUGCUGUUCAGGAAAGUAAAAGCACGUCAACACACUCAGGACAAAAAAAGCAGGAUUUUGCACACUGAGGGUUUAGUUUGUAUCUUUACUUCAGAAUGACUCCGAAAAACAUCAACAGUCUGUAAAAGAAUAUUAAAAUGGCAUCAUAAUAAGAUGUAAAAUGUC